AUGGUUGCUCCUCCUUCAUACACUCCCCUCGGGGACCGUCCCCUCAAGGACACCAUCUGUCUCUUCGAUGUCGACGGCACCCUCACUCCCGCCCGUCUGGAUGUCUCCCCCGAAAUGCUCUCCCUCCUCGAGGCCCUCCGCUCCAAGUGCGCCAUGGGCUUCGUCGGCGGCUCCGACCUGGUGAAGCAGGAGGAGCAGCUGGGCAAGCCCGCUGGUGUCCCCGUCACCACGCUCUUCGACUUCUGCUUCUCCGAGAACGGUCUGACCGCCUUCAAGCUCGGUGAGCCCCUUCCCUCCAACAGCUUCAUCAAGUGGAUUGGCGAGGACCAGUACAAGGAGCUCGCAAACUUCUGCCUCCACUACAUCGCCGACCUCGACAUCCCCGUCAAGCGCGGUACCUUUAUCGAAUUCCGCAAUGGCAUGAUCAACAUCAGCCCCGUUGGCCGUAACGCCAGCAACCAGGAGCGCAACGACUUUGAGAAGUUUGACAAGGAUGCCAAGGUCCGAGAGAAGUUUGUGGCUGCCCUCAAGGAGCGCUUCGGCCACCUCGGCCUCACUUUCUCCAUUGGUGGCCAGAUCUCCUUCGAUGUCUUCCCCACCGGCUGGGACAAGACUUACUGCCUGCAGCACCUCGAGAACGAGGCCAAGAAGCCCGACGGCAUCGCCUACAAGACCAUCCACUUUUUCGGCGACAAGACCUUCAAGGGUGGCAACGACUACGAAAUCUACACCGACUCUCGCACCAUCGGUCACUCCGUCACUGGACCUGAGGAUACCAUGCGCAUUCUCAAGGAACUGUUUGACAUUUAG